AAGCAGAGUGGGAUUUGGCGCGAGCGAGGAGAGAGGGAUGGCGGAACUGUCAGUGCUACAUCGGUUCUCUUCACGUAAGGACGAGCCACAGGGAUCACCUGCGAAUCGCCUCUCGUCGGGACACCAACUUCCUCAGCCAGAAAAAACGGAUCACCCGUCGAGUGGUCGCAGAACGAUCGUCGCUUAAACUAUCAUGGCUGCACCACAGGCCUCAUCGCGAUUAGAAUUGUUGCAGGCCCGCUUCCAACAGAAGCAACUGCAGGAGAAGGAGCAGAAGUUGCUGCAGCUUUACGACCAGCAACAGCAACGAGCUUAUCAGGUGGUGCAACGAGGCAACGCAAGUUCGAAUCAUGCCACGAGCACCAUCAGCCAGCACACCGUCACAAAGACCUCGAGCAGCAGCCAUGCAACCUCGACCUCGCAAGGUGGAAAGGUGAGGCAGAUGUUCGACGAAAGACGACAAACGACCGUGAAGGGGAUCGACAGAAGUUAUCCAUUGGAGCCGUUGGAGAACAAACCGCGGAAACAGACUAACGGAAACGGUGUGCAGAAGAACGGAAAUUUGACGGUGAGCCGGCAAUCCGUGACUGUGAAGCGGGUUGCAAGGGCUGACGUGAACAGCAAUUUGAACGGUGGCAAACCGGUCGUCUCGUAUCACGAGGAAAUCGCUCGAGAAUCGUUCGGCCCCUCUGCACGCCAACAGGACGAUGAUGAGUUUGGGAUCGAGAACCACGUCGCGCAAUAUUCGAAUGGCAACCACAGGGACGAGACGCACAUCGAGGAAGUUGUGGACCAAGAUACGAUAGAAAGGAAUCGUAUGAUGGCGAAACUUCAUCUGAUGGAAUACGACGAGACCCUGAAGCAUCGUGUUAAAAACGAUCUCGAGAGCGAAGAAUUCCCGGAGGAUUUCAUGGUGGAUGUUCCUGACAAGCUUCCAAAACAAAGUGUUACCAAGAAGUUAUCUCAAGCGGAGGCAAGGUUGAAACGUUUUAAAAACGCCAACGCGAAACGUGGUAACAACGUUACGAAGAGCCAAACUAUCGCCCUGAAGAAACGAACUGACCCAAUAUUUCCAGCAAAAUUUAGCCCCAGAGAGUGUCGAGUGGUCAAGGAUGGAACAAGAAAGGUUUCGGAUGGAAGAUCGAACGAGGGAAGGAAAAGUGUUGGAAUGGUCGUCGAGGCUGUGAUCUCUGAGACGGUGUCCUCGAAUUCUGAGAUGAAUACGAGGCGAGGGGACGACCGUCCACGAUUCUCUCGCGAGGAAUCUGAAAAGUCUGCUAUAAAUUGCGCGAUAGAUUCGAAUACUGGAACGAAAGCGUUGAAAGAGAAAAAUUCGAAACUCUUCCGCGAGGAAUCCGAAAUGUCUGCUACCGCGUACGCAAUCGAUCCAAAGAUUUUGAGAAAAUUAUCUUCCGAGUCUUUUAAGAAUCCAGAGAUACGGAGAGGUCCAAAGUUGUUCGAUAAAGAAUUCGAAAAAUCCGUGGUAGCCCACUCGAAAACCGUGAGAAAAUUAUCGCCUGAAUUGUCGAAAGGCGGAAUAAAAAGCGGGCAAAGCCCCAAAUUCUUUCGCAAGGAAUCCGAAAACUCUUCCACUGCUUGUGCGAUUCUCGAUUCGAAAACUGCAAGAAAAUUAUCUUCACAAUGUUCUACAGAUGAGGCGCGAGGAAACGAAAAAUCUCUGACGAGAUUCAAAGAGUUCGAAAGAUUUGCAAAUUCUUCGAAAACUGUGAGCAGAGUAAGAAGCGAAACUCCUAAAUCCAUCUGCUGCGACGAAUCCGAGAAAUUAACCACCGAUUACGCGAUUGAUUCGACAACUGCUGAAAAAUUCUCCUCCGAUUUUUCGAAUGAAUCGCUGCGCGGCGACGCGACUCCUAAAUUCUAUUGCGAAGAAAAUGAAAAAUCGGCCACCACUUACGCAACAAACUCGAAAAAUCGUUCGUCUGAUUCGCCCGAUUAUAUGAGAAACACGGAAAGUUACGCGUUGAAAAUAGAACCGAGAUAUAGAAAGGGCGUAAUUGACGAUACGACGAAGAAAUCAAGGGAUGCAGAUGGACAAGUGAAACGAAAUGCAAUCAGAAAAUCCUCCUCGCCAGAAUGUUUGAAAUCUAUCAAAGCUGAAUCAUCCAAUGUUUCCAAACGUUUAACGAGAGAAAAAAGUGGUGGCUCGAGUCCUCAAUUGUUCGAUCGUGAAAGAAGAAAAUCGGCUACCAUAGGCUUCGACCAAAAACACGCUCGUAAAUCUCUAAACCUGAGCGAGAUGGAUACGAAAAAACGUAGUGAAAAUCAUAUAAGGAAAUCACCAGAUUUUACAAGAAAGAGAUCUAACACCAGUCCACAAUUUUUCAGUUCCGAUUCCGACAGAUCUGCCACGAUCAUGAUAGUGACGCCAGAAACGAUUGCAAAACCGAAAAUGGAGACCGCAGAUCACUCUAAAAGAGAGGAACGAAGUUCUGAGAAGACUGCAUUAAGACAAUCGUUAAAUAGGAACGAAACAAAUUCGAAACAUUUCGCAUCGCGAUUUUUCUCCGAGCAGUGCGAGAAAACGUUAAGAAACGAGGAGGAAAUUGACGAGAAGAAGCAUCAUUCUCGCGGCUCCUCUUCUCCAUUGUCAUCGAAAGGCACGCCCGAUCUGAAACCGCGAUUCUAUCACGAGAAAACUACGAAAACCGAUAGAAAGAGUAUCUAUGGAUCCAGCAGUCGUGACUCUUCGCCAAGAUCCCAAAGAGUGACGAACAGUAGAGAGGAAACACCGGAAUUCUUUCGUUACGAAUCGGGAAAAUCGGCUACAACCGUGAAUCUCGGAUCCUCUAAACAUACGGUGGACGUACGAUCGAAGGGUCGAAAAUCGAUUGAACAGCGAGCGAAACGAGAAACUGGGACGAAAUCAAAAACAUCGACCAACGAUCCGAAGAAUAGAUCAACGAAGAUCAGCCCCACUUCCAGGAAUACGCUCGAUCGUAGAUCGUCUGACCAUACGCUGCGCUCGACGAAACUGAUUCGUGACACGAUGAGGGGUCAGAGUCAAGUCGAUUACGUUUCGAUAAAGCGAGCGAAAGGAUCAAUCGCGGAUGGAAUAUCGAAACGGGACGAGGCAGGGAUCGAGGGGAGUGGAAAAGUUGACGAAAGAGCCGGGACCCCGGUCUCUCGCGAAAUUCCAUCUAUGGAAUCGAGUCCAAAAAGUUGCACAUCCGUGGAGGUGGACGUGGAGAUACAAGAAAUCACGAUGCCCGAUCAAUACGUGAAGCAGCCUCGAGACACUUGCUCGAAAUCCGGUAACAAAACAUUGGCGGAUAGCGAGAAAUCGAGGAUCGGGAAACUGUUCACGUAUUCCGUGCGGAAGCCGGUGAAACAGAGAAGAUCCUUGUUCGAGUCGAACGUCUUCGAGGAAAAAUCGAAUAAGGAGAAACGGAUUAGCCAGAGAGAUUUAGCAACAUCGAACAAGCUUUCAUCUAAGAAGAAGAUCGUCUCCGAUGCCUCGAAACGUGGAGGAAAGGAGAAUAGAAGGAUAUUAGAGGGAAGAAAUAUUUUCAAGCCAAGAGAAGAAACACCGAGUCCAAUUCAAAAGGGGAGAACGAACACGGAAAAAUAUAACGGGUGGGGCAAUAGUCCUUCGCCCACCAACGAAUCGAUCGCUCGUAACACGAAACGAAAAGUGGUACGAGCAACUGAUCGAAAGAACGAAGCUAAAACAUCGACAGAUUCGUCGCGGACAAGAUGCAGACAAGACGAAAUUUUGAAAUCGAUGGAGCUGGUUCGCCGAGUUAUGAGAGGGUCGAGUUUCCUCGUUGAAACCGUGGUUAAAGAGGAACAAAUUGAUAUCACGGCCCGCGACUCGACCUCGUCAAGGAUCAAGGAAUCAGAGUACAGCGCGAAGAAUGCAUCGUCCGCUAUGAAUUACGGGAGAACCGACUCGGUGGAAUCGGCUCUGAGACGUUUCGAUUCGAUCGGCACGGAGACCGGCUCGAUUCGAAGCGUGUUGGAGGAAUCGACAACGAUGAGAAGACAAACGGAAUCGGAUGAAACGUACGAGUCAAACACGAUUUCCCUGAAAGCGCUCGAUCGAUCGAAUUUAAAUCUCUCGAAGAGCCCCGUCGAAUCGUUCGGAUCUUCCUCGAGGAAAAUUUCGACCGCCUCGAGAGACACUCUCGAAUCUCGAGAGAGAGGCACGGAAGGGGAGGAUUUGGUUCAGGAGAAUGCGAAAAAAUUGUCGAAAGCGAGGAUAGACUCGGUGGACGUAAGGCCGAGAUCAAGCGCCACGUGCAAGCGGAAACUUUUCCACGACGCCGAUUCCGGCGAGGAGACCGGGAGCACGAGAUCGAAGUGCAGCCUCGACUCGGUGAGAACCGUGGAAUGCUUGUCGGCGAGGUCGAAUAAGAAGAAAACGCGGGAACAUUCGGUGAAGAUCGCGCCGAUACGCCUCGAAUUCGACUCUAGCGACGAGACGUCGAGGGGAGCGACGACAGACAAAGGAGAAACGGGUGAAGCGUCAACAGGUGCGGAUCGUUCACUGUCUGUGAAGCGGUUGAGAUCGAUCGAGGAUAUACGUAAGUCGAUCGAGGGCGAAAGUGAGUCGGUGAUCGAGUCGGGCAACGAGUCGGGCCGAUCGGGGCGAGGGACGGGGCGAUCGGAGGCCCGUCGAAUAAAUAUCGAUGAUCGUGCUGGAAAUAGAGAAGGGAUGUUUUUGCCCGGGCGGUCGGGGAGCGUUGCCGCGAGGAACAAGGGUAUGGGGGAUACGAGCCGUUCGGCUGUAAAGUGUGCGAUGCGUUUCCCCAGGGUCGUGAAAAGUCCGAGCCCGGAAACGAUGAAGACGGCGGAAACGAGCAACCGUGCUAGGAGAAACGUACCACCGUCGCCGUCCAAGAGUCCGGAUACGAUGCCAAGGCGUGCGUCCACCGAGUUGAAAGCUCAAGACACAAAAUCGUCGAAACGGGGAACACCUAUGAAAGGCGCGGAGCCAAUUGGAAACAGGAAGACGAUGACAACGACGACGUCGACGACAUCGACGGCGAGCACGAGAAAAUCGACGGAUGUCGUCGAUGGCGCUAUUCUCGAGAAUGGUCUGCAUUUACGAGACCAAACUGCCGAAACGAAAUAUGAUAACGACUCACCCACGAUGAAGAAAAGCGACGCUUUUGUCAUCGACUUCGACGAGCAACCGCCGAAGGAAAACGAUGCGCCACUUCCGCGGAAAUCGUUUUUACGAAAACAAUCCACCGAAAAACAGAUUACACCCACGCAAUCACUUCGAACUCCUUUGUCAAUUUCGUCCACCUCUAGUGGCAUUUCCACGCAGAAUCAGACUUCCGUUUAUAGAAGCAAAAUGGCUUCGAGAGCAAAGACGCCAAUUUCCUCUACAACGUACAAAGGGUCGGCAUCUAACAAAAACGGAGGAGCAGCAGGAGGAGUAGUAACGACCGAAACUUUGGUGCCUUGUAAAGCGUGUGGUCGUCGAUUCGCCCCAGACCGAGUUGCUCUUCAUGAGCAAAUCUGCAUAAAAACAGGCCAAAAGAAGAGGAAGCAAUUCGAUACGAUGAUGUAUCGAGUAAAGGGUACUGAUAUUGAGCCAUUUGUUAAGAAAGGGCUCGUUAAAAAACAGAUGGAGAAAUCGAAGAAACCUGAAGUAAAGUCGAAUUGGCGGCGUAAACACGAGGAUUUCAUUAACGCCAUACGUUCGGCUAAGCAAGUGCAAGCACAUCUGGCCGCAGGAGGCAAGCUCAGCGAUUUGCCACCGCCGCCAGUUAGCGAUAACUACGAUUACAUUCAGUGUCCCCAUUGCGGAAGAAAAUUCAAUAAAGCCGCCGCCGACCGUCACAUUCCCAAAUGCGAGCACAUGUUGCACAAUAAGCCGAUACAUUCGCGAGCACCGAAACCGAAACGUUAAUUUCUCUCAGACAAAUUAAACGCUUUUUUUACAUCGAACUAGAACAAGAUAGAUUGCCUUUGUAUAUUAAAGAAAAAAGAUUGAAAUAAAGAUUUACGAAAAAAAAAAAAAAAAAAAAAA